AUGGUCAACCAUCGGGGGCUAUUGAGCUCCAACGCCACGAAUGGCAUUGGAGAUGGCAACCAGUACACGUACUUGACUGGAUUAAGUGAAACCAAAUCGGCGGCUUCCUUCUGCAGCGCAACGCUCAUUGCCCCCACAUGGCUGCUUACGUUGGCAGAGUGUGUCAAUGCGUCUAAGUGGGCCGCUAUUGGAUCUAACUGUGCGUUGGGUGACGAAGGGACCGAACGUAUUGAAGUUGUCCGUCGGGUGUUGCACCCCAACUACACCAGAAGCUCGGGUUAUCAGCAAUUGGCGAUGUUGGAGCUGACAACCGCCAGCAAGUAUGUCCCAGCAAGCGUCUCAUGGAACGACAACUUACCGGAUAACCCGACGUUGUGGGUGCGCGGGUUUGACUCUUCUACAGACGACAAGGCACUCGUGGAAAGCACAGCGAAACUGUGGAGCUACGACGAGUGUGGCAAGUUCUAUUAUGACCACCAAGAAUACGGACGAACACUCAACGAAUCCAUGCAGUGUCUUCGUGACAGUCAAUGCCAGCAAGAACGAGGCAGUGCGGUCAUGGUGGAUGUCAACGCCCUUCCUCAACAAGUCCAACCACUACAAUUGACAACACACCAACCGCCACCGUCUCAACACCAGGCACAACUUCUCGCCAGAAUCCAUUACCCUCUACAACUGGACCUGCAUCGACCAACCCAAACGAACCCGUGCCUACUGGCCCCACCCCUCAACCUACUGGCCCUGCCCAAACUGGUCCUACCCCGACAGGACCUACACCUACCGGUACCAUCACCACUCCUCCCGCUCCUGGACCUGCGUCAACCAACCCAAACAAACCGCGACCCACCGGCUCAACACCUCAACCUACUGUCCUACCCGUACAAGGCCUACACCCACCGGCUCCACCACGACUCCAUCGGCUACGGGUCCUGCGUCGACCAACCCCAAUCAACCAGCACCCACUGGCUCCACACCCAAUCCUACAGGCCCAACCCCUACUGGCCCUACUCCAACUGGCCCAACCCCUACUGGACCUACUCCAACGGGUCCUGCACCUACUGGUCCAAACCCGACUGGACCUACCCCAUCAAGGACUACCCCAUCAGGGCCUACACCUACGGGGCCUACACCUACUGGUCCGAAUCCUACUGGGCCAACACCUACCGGCUCCACCACGACUCCAUCGGCUACGGGUCCUGCGUCGACCAACCCCAAUCAACCAGCACCCACUGGCUCCACACCCAAUCCUACAGGCCCAACCCCUACUGGCCCUACUCCAACUGGCCCAACCCCUACUGGACCUACUCCAACGGGUCCUGCACCUACUGGUCCAAACCCGACUGGACCUACCCCAUCAAGGACUACCCCAUCAGGGCCUACACCUACGGGGCCUACACCUACUGGUCCGAAUCCUACUGGGCCAACACCUACCGGCUCCACCACGACUCCAUCGGCUACGGGUCCUGCGUCGACCAACCCCAAUCAACCAGCACCCACUGGCUCCACACCCAAUCCUACAGGCCCAACCCCUACUGGCCCUACUCCAACUGGCCCAACCCCUACUGGACCUACUCCAACGGGUCCUGCACCUACUGGUCCAAACCCGACUGGACCUACCCCAUCAAGGACUACCCCAUCAGGGCCUACACCUACGGGGCCUACACCUACUGGUCCGAAUCCUACUGGGCCAACACCUACCGGCUCCACCACGACUCCAUCGGCUACGGGUCCUGCGUCGACCAACCCCAAUCAACCAGCACCCACUGGCUCCACACCCAAUCCUACAGGCCCAACCCCUACUGGCCCUACUCCAACUGGCCCAACCCCUACUGGACCUACUCCAACGGGUCCUGCACCUACUGGUCCAAACCCGACUGGACCUACCCCAUCAAGGACUACCCCAUCAGGGCCUACACCUACGGGGCCUACACCUACUGGUCCGAAUCCUACUGGGCCAACACCUACCGGCUCCACCACGACUCCAUCGGCUACAGGACCUGCGCCGACCAAACCCAACCAGCCGGGACCCGCAGGCUCUACACCCCAGCCCUCGAGCACGGCGAUACCGUCGUCCAUAAGCCCCACAGUUACUAG